GGGCUCUCCUGGUCAACCACAGCGCCGCAUCUCGACGAUAUUCCCUCGGCAAUUCACAAGCAUCGGUGCUUCCGUUGCUCCUGCUGUAUCCAUGAACCUCGAAGCGGUUUCUUCAGAUGCCUGGGCUAGGGCUGUGCCAAUCCUCAAGGACGCAACCGUCUACAUCGACAACGAAGCCGCACAAGUCGUCAAGUGGACACACCCAGGCGGCGCUCACCAGCUGCUUGCGCUUGGCCCGGCAUCGAUCCGGUCGCUUGAAUCGGCAGUCGAGGACCAAGGGAAGCUCAGGCUCCCAAAGUCGACCCGGGUUGUCUUUAUUGUCUCGAAGCAUCUGGCGCUAUACGAAUUUGUGAUCCGCGAGGUUCUGUUGUCGUGCUCGUACCAUGAGUGCUUCAUCAUCACAUCGCUUCCGCUGCACGCGCAGGAGGUCGAGCUUCUCCAAGAUACGUCGCUGUGCGAGUAUUUUGACAAUGCUGGUGUCCAGAGAUCCAGUACAACAGACUAUUUUUCGGCUGUCGAGGAUGUGGUCUACAUGUGGAUGACCCAGAGCAUCAACAAAUUCGAGCCCAGCUUCAACGGCUCUGUCACAAUCAAGAUCGAGCACAUUCCGCUCCUAUGGGCAUCGAUCACGAGCGAUGUCUUUGUUGUUCCUUCGGCAGUCGAGCUCUUUCCGACACUAAAGCCUGGGCCGCUCUCGUCCUCCGCCGAUGCACAUGAGAUCAACGCCCGCCACUUCAGCCACUCUUUGUCGACAAUCCUGGACUCGCUCAACCUCCGAGAGGAGUUUUAUGUGCUUGGCGAGACCUCAAAGCGGAUCGCCAAAAGUGUAAUAGCCAACUCCUCGUUGGCUGCAAGAAGGUCGUCCGACCGCAAUGUCGCUGUAAUUUUGAUAGAUCGGAACCUGGAUCUGGUCUCGCCGAUGCAGCACUCGGAAAACAUCUUGGAUCAGCUAUACCAGGUCUUCCCCAGGGUCACGCCGUGCUCGGUGGAUAUUGCCAUUCCGGCGGAGCAGCUGCUGGAUGAUGCGCCUGAAUUGUCUGAUACCGCGGUCUUUUCUCUGGCCCACGGGAUGAGCGUGGACUCUACUGGUCUUCUUGAUGAACUGACCGCGCUUUCUCAGAAGGAAGCGCUUGGCUUGAUUCGCAACCGAUUGAUGGACAUUGUCCAGCACCAGAAUCUGGCGCUGCCAAAUGCAGCAGCCAAGGGAACCCGAGCUCUGACGCCGACAGAGUUGCAUGCUAUACUGCAGACGAUCAUGCAACAAGACAAUGCCUUCGUCUACGAAAACAGCGCGUUUCUGCAGACGCUGGCGGCUGCUGUCGCUGUGAUCAUCAAAACUCGCUCGAGCAACUGGAGCGAUCUCCUUGGCAUCGAGAAAACCACCAUGCUUGCACUUUCCGAGACAAUGGACUCGAGUGUGGUCAUCCAGCAGAUCGCCAGCAUGCUUCCGAGAGGCGACGGUCGAUCUCAGUUUACGUUGGAGGAUACGCUCGACUUUACGAUCCUGGUCCAUGCCCUCGUUGGCAGCACUGUAUCAUUCAGUGCCCGCGAUGAGCAGACCCUCAAGGAGGCCUUCAAGCGAGCACUCCUGGGUCCAGCCCAGCCUCACGCACAGGCCAAGCCAAAGCAACCCUCGACCGAUGGCUGGGAAACCGACUGGGAUGUCGACUUUGACUCGCAUCUGGAGUCCUUUGGCGAUUCCCAAGAGUACGAGAGCCCACAGAGGAACUCGCCACAGGCGGCCGAGGUCGAUCGGUGGAUCCGAGAUACGUUCAGCACUCUCAAGCGGAUCCGAGCGGCCCGCAGCGAGCUCAAGCACUUUCACUCCGUGCUGGAUCCGUCCUCGGCCGAGCUGUACAAGCCUCUGGUCCAGCAAGUGAUGGAGACAAUCUUCAAGGGCCGCCCUCCGCCCGGGCAGCCCGAUGUGUCCGAUCUCACACACGUUCCCUAUCCAGGCAGCGUUAUUGGCGGAUUCAGCUUUAGCCGUCUUCUCGGAGGUGCGCCCCACCCGUCGCAGUUCUCGAGCAUGAUUGUCGUGGUCGUUGGGGGCGUGACCUUUGCGGAGGCCAACCUGAUCCGCGGCAUAGCCCUCCAGAACGAGGUCUCGAGUAUCCUCGUUGGGGGAACCGACAUUGCAACGAGCCGAUCUGUCUUUUCGCGGCUCUUCACGCAUCCGCCGGGGCUGUGAAUUGGGCUGGCAAGAUGAUCUGGCUUUCGCCGGCAUGUGGUGCAUGCGAUCCUGCUGACGAGGACGGAAGAGCGGCAAGGGGGGCGGGGCUCCUGUUUGCGAGGGGGGGGGCAAGGAGCAAGGCUGUGUCAGAGGACGCCCUUUGCCGCGACUGCUCCUGGCACGGUGGCAGCGCAGACACAGCCGGGGUAAUACAGACACCGCAAAAAUCCCUCACCACAACAAG